GGCGCCAUGUUGCGCGGCUGCGGUGCGGGCCGGCAGCAUGUGCUCGGGCGGCACGCUGAGCAUCCUGCGCAGCGACUCCUACGUGGACCUCAGCCAGUACCGCGAUCAGCACUUCCGGGGCACGCGGUACGACCAGGAAAGGCUGCUGAGGAAGAGCUGCACGCUGUACGUGGGGAACCUCUCGUUCUACACCACGGAGGAGCAGAUCCACGAGCUGUUCGGCAAGAGCGGCGACAUCAAGAAGAUCAUCAUGGGGCUGGACAAGGUGAAGAAGACCGCCUGCGGCUUCUGCUUCGUCGAGUAUUACGCAAGGGGAGAUGCUGAGAACGCAAUGCGGUACAUCAAUGGGACCAGGCUUGACGACAGGAUCAUAAGGACGGACUGGGAUGCAGGAUUUAAGGAGGGCCGGCAGUACGGCCGGGGGAGGUCAGGGGGCCAGGUCAGAGAUGAGUAUCGGCAAGACUAUGAUGCUGGAAGAGGUGGCUAUGGUAAAACUGUUCAAUGCCAGUGAAUAGUGAAUGACUCAUCGGCCUCACGGGAGAACUAAAUGCCAAUUGUAAAUGUUGUGAGGCGCAGAGCAGAUCUUUUGCACACAAGUUCAUGUAAAUAGAAAUUUACAGGAGCUAGUAUCAGUGUUCCUGUAGUCACAUGGUAUAUUCUAUUUCUCUUCUCUUUUAAUACCAGGAUGCAAAACAUUGCCAAGCACACUAAUACACAGGACCUGGGAGCAAGGUUUUAAGCAAUAGUAUGCAUGAGACUUUGGUCUCAGAAUGCUGCUGCAAAUCUACUGAAAGAAUCAAAGGUUUAACAGAAUGGUGCUUCUUUUUUUCCCUGGCAAAAACUUGAUUAUUCUGUCACUGGAUUUUGUUUAUGUUAGUAUCACAAGGCAGAGGGAGAUCUUAAAGCUAGAUUUGUGUAUGGUUCAGAGACUGAAGGAAAAGUCAAAGUGCCCAAAAAAGGAAUGAAAUUCCAAUUUCCAGAGUAGUCUUAAAGUUGUAGACGUUGAGUUUGGUGAAUUAGCAGCCUUUUACACUUUCUGAGUUAGCUUUUCCUUUCUGAGUAAGCACACAUCUUUGAAGGGCACAAUAAAGCAAGCCAGCCUGAGCCCAGGAAUCAUAAAAUGGGAAGCAAACCUAGCAGAUGAGAGAAGUCAGACCUUGCAGUGUUCUUCAGAGUAUACUGCUGUUGUAUGACACUGUAUGGUCCAGAACCAUCUUGCUUUGUGAGGCAUGAAGUGCAGGAAUUACAGUACUAGUUAUUUUCGUGGUUGGAGUAGUACUGUUUUACUCCAGUCUGGUAACACUCCAUAGCCUUAAUAUUUGGGGAACAGUAUCUUCCCUGUGUCUGCAAGGGUAGCACGGAGCCAAGCUUUGCAGUUAAUCCCUUCCCCGCUCCUUCCUUGCCCUAGUGACAGUCAGUAUGAGGAAUUAUCUGUAUAGUGGGAAAGCUUGUUCUCAAAGUAGAUUUUCUGUUUGAGAAACCUGAUGGCAAAUAAAGUUAAAAAUAAUUUUAAAAAAUUAGCUUUGGAGAAGCUUUAUGUGGAGUACGUGGUAAGACUGGUGAAAGAACUGUGGGACUCCUCUCGUAUUUUUUUUCUUCCUCUAGAUCUUAGGACAAAGGGGAAUAAAUAUGUUAGGCAAGAAUUCCAUACUCAGAGGUGAUGAGGAAAUGGCCCAAGUUGUCCAGAGAGCUGUGGGUGCCCCUUCCCUGUAGGUGAGCAAGGCUGGGCUGGGUGGGGCCCUGGGCAGCCUGAAUUGGUUGGGGGCCACCAUGCUACUGCAGGGGUUGGGACCAGACUGAGUUCCCAACCCAAGCCAUUCUAUCAUACUGUGAUUAAUACUGCAAGUUAAUGUGAUGGGAUAUGGUAAUACUGCAUCAGGAAAAAAAAAAAAGUGAAAUGAACUGCUGAAAUGAACUGGGUUUAGAAGAAAUUGUUAAAGGCUGAUGGAUUAUUUUUUUUUUCCUUUUUGGAUGGACUUCUGAGUUCUUUGGAAACUGCAAUUCGUAAGGCCUUGUCCAAAUACCUUGACUUCCCAAAGGUCUUUAAAAUCUUUAGUAUGUAAAAUUUGACCUUUUUUCAUGGAAUAUCAGAUAAUGGAAAUCUUGACAUGUUUCUAAUAUACAGUUAGUCACAACUGUUACUGUACAUUUGAAUUACAGAACUACAGUAAGAUGCCUUUCCCAUUAAGUGAGGUUGAGGGGGGCCUUUUGAUUUUUGUUUCUUGUUUUUCUUUUUUCCUGGCACACAGAGUAAAGCUGGAUUUUCAGGAUCACUUGAUGCUGAUCUGAAAAGAAGACGUUGAGCAGAUUAUCUUUUUCUGUGUAGAAAAAUCAUUUGAUUAUGAGCUUGCAGCAUGUAAUCUGCUGUAGGAAACCUCUAAGUUUAUUUUUUGCAGUGCCAGUUUUGUACAAAAGUCUGUACUAUCAAAACUUGAGGUCACUUUCAAAUAAAGCUGCAACACUAAAUCGA